AUGGAUUUCAACAGCUCGUCGCCUUUCCCCGAGGGCGUCAUAUCCUUCUUGGAUACUGAUCUCUAUAAGCUGACGAUGCAAUGCGCCGUCUUCAAGUACUUCAAAGACGUCCCAGUAUCCUAUGCAUUCACGAACCGCACCCCCGAGAAGAAACUCUCGAGAGCUGCCUUUAAGUGGCUCCAAGAGCAAAUCCGAAAACUUGGCAACAUCUCCCUCUCCGACGAAGAAUACCGCUUCCUCAAGACGCACUGCACCUACCUGACCGACGAAUACGUCCAGUUCCUCAAGGAAUUCCGCCUGCGGCCGAGAGAGCAGGCCGUCGCGACCUUCCACCCCGUCGGCGACGACACGGGAGCCGACUCGGACAUUGGCGACCUCCACGUCGAGAUCAAGGGCGCCUGGCUCGACACCAUCCUCUACGAGAUCCCCCUCCUCGCCCUCACCUCCGAGGCCUACUUCCGCUUCAUGGACACGGACUGGAGCUACGAGGGCCAGGAGGACCAGGCCUUCGCCAAAGGCAUGCGCCUGCUCGAGGCCGGCUGCACCUUUUCCGAGUUUGGCACCCGCCGCCGGCGCGACUACCACACCCAGGCCCUCGUGUUCCGCGGCCUCGUCAAGGCGAGCAAGGAAGGGGAGAAGAAGGGCCUCAAGGGCAAGCUGACGGGGACGAGCAACGUGCACCUGGCCAUGCGCUUCGGGAUCCCGCCCGUGGGCACCGUCGCGCACGAGUGGUUCAUGGGCAUCGCUGCCAUUCACAACGAUUACAAGGCCGCGACGGAGCUGGCGCUGCGGUACUGGGUCGGCUGCUUCGGCGGUAAGCUCGGUAUUGCGCUGACGGAUACCUUUGGCACGCAGGAGUUUUUGAGGUCGUUCAGUCAGCCGGUACACGCUCUCGAUGGCGACGAGAGCAAGUUCAAGACGGCGGACGGGAGCAGGCUGUUGACGUACGCCGAGCUGUUCCAGGGCGUGCGCCAGGAUAGCGGCGACCCGGCGGAUUAUGUCAAGAUGUUGCGGACGUACUACGACAGCCAGGGGAUCAAGGAUAAGAAGACAAUGGUGUUUUCGGACUCGCUUGAUAUUGAAAAGUGCCUGGAGUACCAGGCCAUUUCGGAGGCGGCGGGCUUCACGCCGACGUUUGGCGUUGGUACGUUUUUGACGAAUGACUUCAAGCAUUUGAAGACGGGUGCCAAGUCGGUGCCGUUGAAUAUUGUUAUCAAGCUGAGCUCCGCCAACGGAAACCCGGCAAUCAAGAUCAGCGACAACAUUGGCAAGAACACCGGUGACAAGGCGACGGUGAACAAGGUCAAGGGCGAGCUUGGUUACGUUGAGAAGGAGUGGAAGGGCGGUGACGAGACCCAGCGUUGGGGCAAGGACGAAAGCAAGGCAUAG